GGAUAGAUAAGAAUGCAGUAUGAUCAAAUAAAUAAAUAGUGCAAAUUUUGUGAAAUAUUUUAAAUAUAAAGUGAAUAAAAUGGGGAAAAAGAGUAUUUUUUCGCCGUUUGUUAAACAGAGUUACGUGACUGCAGCGGUAUGCUGCAAUAUCAUAGGCCAUGGAUGCAUGCUGGGGUUCCCAGGAGUAUUGCUGCCACAGCUUCAUCAACCAGACUCGCCUAUUAUACUGAGUAAAGAAAUGGAAUCUUGGAUAGCAUCUGUCUUGGCGAUAUCCAUGUUCUUCAGUAACUUCCUGACUCCUCCAAUCAUGGGUCGUCUGGGACGGAAAGCAGCACAUUACGCCGUCACAUUGCCUGUCAUGGUCGGAUGGAUCGUUAUGAUAUUGGCUACCAGCUCUGAGGCACUCCUCAUUGGCCGAAUACUCCACGGCAUGUCAAUGGGCAUGAUGCUGCCUCUCCGCUCCGUUCUUAUCGGCGAGUACACCAGCCCCCACAACCGCGGCGGCUUCCUCACCACCAUCGCCCUCGCCCAGUGCUUCGGCAUUCUCUUCGUCCACCUCGUCGGCUCCAUCCUCAGCUUCCAACUAACAGCUCUCAUCUCUCUAUUCUUCUCCUUCAUCAGUAUUCUCAUGACUAUCUACUCCCCUGAAUCACCAAGCUGGCUUGCAACACAAGGACAAUAUGACAAGUGCAGAAAAGUCUUUAUAUGGCUGAGGGGAGAAGAAGAAAUACCAGAAUUGGAUAAAAUGAUUGAAGCUAGUAAACAGAUGGAUGAACAACCAAAGCAAGGAUUAAAAGAGAUUGUAUCAAUAGCAAAGAAGAAAGAGGUCUACAAACCUAUAAUACUCAUGAUUGCCUUAUAUAUAAUGUUGAACUUCACAGGAGGCACAAUGUUCGCUGCUUAUUCGACAAGAAUUUUGCAUUUGCUCAUGGGUCCGGAUAUUAAUGCUCAUGUCUGGAUGGUAGCGUUAGAUACUCAGAGAUUAUUCUUCAAUAUAGGCGCAGUUUACGUUAUAAAUAAGACUGGCAGAAGGACUAUGCUGUUCGCUACAGGAGCGCUCUGUGCUGGGAGCCAUCUUGCUCAAGCAGCUUAUAUCUUUGCAAAAACUAAUGACUUCCUACCAUUUGAUUCCAUAUGGAUCCCUGGAAUUUUAGUAAACUUGCAAGUUUUAUCUGUUGCUGUAGGAAUGGUUCCAUUACCAAGCGUGAUAGCUGGUGAAGUUUUUCCUUUACAAUACAGAAGCCUCGCUGGAAGUACAAGUUUAAUAGCAAUUUCUAUAGCAACAUUUUUAGCUCUUAAAACCUUUCCUGGUCUGGUAUCUUCUGUAGGUUUAGAAGGGACAUAUGUACUGUAUGCAGGAAUAAUUACGUCAGCUUUGGUAGUGGCGUGGUUUUUACUGCCAGAAACGAAAGGUAAGACGCUGCAGCAGAUUGAAGAACAUUUUAGAGGAGAAUGUGAUACUGAAAAUGAUAAAGAAGUGGAAAAACUAAAUGGAUCUGAGAAGAAAAAUGUGUUACCUUGAAUACUAAAACAAGAAAGAGAUUCAUGAAAUGAGAAUUCUUUAGCAGGUUCGAAGUACCAAAAGGCGUCGUCUUUAUUAAGUAUAUAAGUAUUGAAAAUACUCAAAUUCGGGAUUUCAAUUAAAUAUCUGAUGUCAAAAGACGUUUAGUGAGACUAUUGUGAUAAAAUCCCACCAUUUUCUACUAAGUAAUUACCGUUAAAAUAUAAAUAUGUUAUCAAGUGUUA